AUUGCUCUGAACGUAAUCUCAUUUAUGGAGUGCAAAAAAAAAAGGACUUCAGGUCAGGGAGAAUGUAUAAAUGUCCAUCGCCAUCAAGGUUCUGCCACAUUUGAGAAGCAGAAGCAACUCCAAGGACACAGCUCACAGGCUGAUUUGGUUCUCGGCUCCAAAACACGGACUGACUUGGGGAUACUUUCUAGGACACUCUGGCCGAUAACUUUGAAGAGACCCUGUGAAGGUGACAGUGAGGGGCCUCUGAUCGCAGACCUAUAUUAUACUUCCCCAACAUGUGCAGUGGGGGCUGUGCCAGGUGCCUGGGGGGCACCCUCAUCCCCCUCGCCUUGUUUGGCUUUUUGGCUAACGUCCUGUUAUUUUUUCCUGGAGGAAAAGUGAUAGACGACAACGACCACCUUUCUGACGAGGUCUGGUUUUUCGGAGGAAUAUUAGGAAGCGGGGUGUUGAUGAUCUUCCCCGCGCUGGUGUUCUUGGGCAUGAGGAACAAUGACUGCUGUGGGUGCUGUGGCAACGAGAGCUGUGGGAAGCGCUUCGCGAUGUUCACCUCCACAAUAUUUGCUGUGAUUGGAUUCUUGGGUGCUGGAUAUUCAUUUGUCACCUCGGCCAUCUCAAUCAACAGGGGUCCUAAGUGUCUCAUGGACAAUAGCACGUGGGGCUACCCCUUCCAGGAAGGGGAUUACCUCAAUAAUGAGGGCUUAUGGAGCAAGUGUCACGAGCCUGUCAACGUGGUGCCCUGGAAUCUGACCCUCUUCUCCAUCCUGCUGGUCGUAGGAGGGAUCCAGAUGCUUCUCUGUGUCAUCCAGGUGGUCAACGGCCUCCUGGGGACCUUGUGUGGGGACUGUCAGUGUUGUGGCUGCUGUGGGGCUGAAGGUGACCAGACUUUUCAGUCUCACACACAGUUGACCACAGUCCUGGAGAAAGAGGACUCCAAAUACAUGUAG